AUGUCUCUAACCGUUAAUAUUGCACUUGUGGUUCUGUCAGCCAUUGUACUUCGUUAUUUCUACUUUACGGAUUCGAGCAAGUCUCCUCGUCUAGUAGAAAAGUUAAAUUCUACCUACGACUACGUUAUAGUGGGUGGAGGCUCAGCUGGAUGUGUGGUGGCAAGUCGUCUCUCAGAAGACAAAGAUGUGUCUGUCUUGCUGUUGGAAGCCGGAGAAUUCGACAAUGAGAACCCACAUAUUAUCAUUCCUGCACUAGGUGUCCUCAAUUUUAAAAGUAACAUAGACUGGUCGUACGAGACAGAACCUCAAGAUGGAGUCUUGACCGGUCUACAUGGAAAGCGUUCCUACUGGCCAAGAGGUAAAGUUCUUGGAGGUUCCAGCAGCAUCAAUGUCAUGCAGUAUGUGAGAGCUUCCCGACACGAUUAUGAUCGCUGGGCUGAGUACACCAAAGACGAGGGCUGGAGCUAUCAGCACGUCCUGCCUUACUUCAAAAAGUCAGAAGACAUCAGGAUCCCUGAGCUCCAGAACUCACCUUACCACGGACAUGGGGGACCACUGCCAAUCAGCCACAGCAAGACGGUGGCACUGGGUGACACACUGAUCAAAGCUGGCCAGGCAGUGGGGAUUCCCUUCAACGAGGACUACAACGGAAGAACAAUGGAAGGUGAGGAGGUCAACUGUAGUCAGAAGUUAGUACAGAGACAAGGAGCCACACAUCGCUUGUCUGUGUUGAUCGUGUUGCAGUCGGAUACCCUGAAGUGUCAGAUCUUGUUUCUCCCAUUCCCGUCUUCCGUUGCGUCCAGCCUGUUAACUUUAAGAUCUCCUUCUUUUUAG